AUGGUUUUACCCACUAUCUACAUCCUGUCGGAUCUGUGUAUCCUAUGCUACUCGCUUACAAGAGUAGUCGAGCCUGAGGGCCCGCCACUUAUAACCAAUGAAUUAAGGAUCGGGAGGGCUGGCAACCCGCAGGAUCCGAAGUUUAUAAUAAAUUGUACACACGAAAUCAACGUUAAACUGAACUUUAUUUUCUACUAUGAUCACGGAGGAUGUCUGUACUGUACGAAAGCUAGAACUGAAGUGAAAACGAAAAAGAAAGUUUUUGGAUACUAUGGUGCAUGCACCACGACACCUCAGCAACUAUCUGCUAGGGCCUGCAUCGAACACGGGGUAAAAUCCCGGACUCCUAAGACCUUGCGUGUAAAGGGAGUCAUAGUUACUCCCGCCAAAGCUCACGACAGAAACACGUCAUCCCCCGUUGAGAUCUAUCGCAAACCAAUAGCAUGUUAUACAGACAACGACCUCUCCCUUGUGUCGCUUGUUCUACCAAGCGCACCUGCGUUUACAUCAGCUAAUGUAGCACAGUUUAUGAGACAAAUUAUAACAGAUAAAAAGUUAUCGGAGAGAGUUCUGGAAAACUAUAUAUUGACUUUAAAAUUACUUGAUAUAAGUUGGCAUAGUAAACGAAUUACAUGGUAUGGUUACAAGUACCUAAAUAACGAUAAUCCUAAAAAAUAUUUUUUAAAUAGAGAAAUUCAAGACAAAAUACAAGAUUAUUUCCAUUCUCAAAAUUUAAAAGUUGUUGUUAAAGCAAAUACACAUGAUGACUAUUUGGGUUAUGGAAAAUGUAAGAAACUUAAAUUAUCAGGAAAAGAUUUAAAAUCUUUAGGUAGAAUAUGUUGGAAAAGAAUGGAGGGAACCCCAAAUUGUAAUGUUGAUGACACUGUUGAAUAUGAAAAUGCUGCUCUUAAUAUUACAAAAACAGGUGUAGAUUUUAAACAAUAACAGCAGAGAAAAAAAUAUGCAGAAAAGUGCUUUGGGGAUAAUCCUCCUACUAUACAAAAACUUACUUUUGAAGCACCACGUGUGCCUAUAGCUGAUGACCGCAUAAGAAAUGAAUUGCCAAAUGAAACUAUGAGUCUUGCAUGA